ACGCACCCUCUGUUCAAGAGCGUGAAAUGAUAAUUUUGUCCCAUCGGGAAGGCGAGAUAUCCUUGCUGAGCGUCCACAUUCAUGAGCCGCUCUGUGCUGAAUGAUUCCACAGCUUACGGGCGUCUUCUAAAUUCGGCACCUUGGCAAACCUGCAAAGGGAGCUAACUGUGCAUGGUGAGACUUGAUCCCGAGGGAUAUAUUUUUCUCUUUGUUACGCUCUCCAUUGCAGUGAACUUUCAGCAGAGCCUCGGUCCCUGUGCCCCAACCCUCGUUCUGAAGCGGAUGACUUGAGGUUAAGAAACUGUCACUCGAUCGAUGGGAGACGGGAAAAUAAACAUCUUCGGUCCUCUCUCUCUCAAGAUAUUUUUGUAGAGAAGGUGCCAGGACUGUUUUCAUGUGUCAUUCAGAGCCGUUGGACAAACCGUGUGUAUGUUAUUUGGAGCGGGCGGAAUGGCACAAUUUCCCUUGUAUUUGAACUCCGCAAUGCUGGUGCUAUUUAGUUGUGACUUCCGCCUGGUGACGGCAACUGAUAGACCACCAGCUCCUGUCAAUGUCACUGUCAGUCACCUGAAGGCCAACUCUGCCACUGUAUCCUGGGAUGUUCCUGAAGGAGAUGUUAUCAUUGGUUAUGCCAUAUCACAACUGAGGAAAGAUGGUCAGAUGCAAAGGUCUAUCCGUGAAGUGAAUACGACAAAUCGAGCGUGCGUGCUGUGGGAUUUAGAGGAAGACACGGAAUAUGUGAUUCAAGUUCAAUCCAUUGGCCUGAAUGGGGAAAGUCGGGCAAGCAAGCGUGUCCAAUUCAGAACCCUAAAGGAAACUGAUUGGGUGCCUUCAAAUAGCUCAAACAAAGAUGAUCCGACAGUGCAGGAAAUGAACAGAAACUUGCCAUUGCAGACAGGAGAGAUGAUCAUUAUUGUGACAGUUCUGAUCAUGUGGGCAGCUGUUAUAGCUCUCUUCUGCAGACAGUACGACAUCAUUAAAGAUAAUGACUCUAACAACAACAAGGAAAAGGCCAAGCCCUCGUCAGAGCACAGCACACCAGAGCAUCCGACUGGUGGAUUAUUGCGCAGUAAGUUCCAAAAUAACACACCAGCAAUUAACAUCAUUGAAGUUUGACUGCUGCAGAACGGCACUGCAGAUGGAGCAAGAAUUCAGCAGACUAAAGGAAUGUUGUCUAAACCUGAUGAAUCCAUAUUUUGCAAUACUAACGCCAGUUCUUUACGCCUGAAAGCAUGUCAUGGCCAAGGCUUUCUUCCCUCAGAGCCACCUGCAUGGAGACUGAAGCUGUGCAUGCAGGAUUCCUUCUUCAGCACAAAGGGCCACCAUAGGUGACCUGUGCACAUGUUGUCCAGGAUCCAGGGACAUGCAGUAAUGCAGCAAUAGCUGAAAUCUACAUGUAGCUCUGAAAACGUCAGAGCACCUUUCUCCAUAAAAAUCCAGUUCUCAUUUGCUGGUCUGCCAAUACCCAGAUUCUUUGUCAGAGUGCAGUGGACCAACUUAGGGACUCAACACCCAGAAAGAGGUCAGUUUUGAAAUAGUGCGUACAGAUCCACAGUCAGGGAAUUUCCAUGCAUCCAAUGGAUUAAACAGGUGAGGGAAAACCUGUGUGCUGACCAAGAGGAGAUUUUGUAAAUGUGUCAGUGAUACUCAAAUGAAUGUGCUGUAUCUGUCCAAUUUGAAACAAACUCUAUAGUUGAAUUUUCUAAAAGCCACAUAGAAGAUGCCAUUUUACUGACACAGCAUAAUAUGCCUGGUUUAUUUUUCCAUUGCUUAGGGUUCAAAACAAACACACACACACACAUUAUGGAGUAUCUGUUUUACUAUGAUUAAUUCCAUUGAAGUAAAAUAACAUUUUUAAUUGCAUUAAUGUUCAAAUUAUUAUAUUGAUUCAUAAUAUUCCUGACAGGGAGAUUAACUCCAAUAGAGAAAGCGACCUCCCUUAAUUAAUAGAGUUAGAGCUCCCAUUUAUACCUAGCAAUUGAGAUUAAAGUAUCCAUUAUAAAGUAACACCUUGUGGAAGAAUACAACUGUAAUUAUAAGUAGCAGAGUUGAAUGAGAAUAGCAUCACUAGCUUCUGAAUUAUUGGGAGCUUGAUGCUUUACAGUUAAAGAGGAAAGCCAUUGAACUGUUCAAAUGUUGCUGUAUAAAGUUUGUCAUUUUAAAGGCAGAGUCAAAAACAACAACAUCCCCUAAAAGAGAUAAAAUGCCUGAUAAUGAAAAUCAUUGCUAAGCCUGUGGCAAUGCAAAAUGGUGCAACUGAAAUAACAUUUCAAACUGGCACUAAAUAUUAACCAAUAUAAUAAGUUAAUACUAUAAAUUUAAUUCAGUGAUUUUGUCUUUUUUUCACUUUCCCUACAAUGUGCUAUUUUAUGACAAAGAGGGAUCUCAGGACUCUGUUAAAUGUUGUUUUGUAACAAUGAAGUGAGUAGUUCCCUGGGGAACUUGUCUUCUGCUGGUCCUUUUCCCUUACUCACUGAUGUGAAAGUGACAAUAUGCAGGUUGCACUUAUACCUGACAGCAUGGCUUAAAUCAGAAUGACAUGUGCAUACCGAUUUCCUAGUGCAGUGCAUUGAGUUAUCUAUGAAAUGUGCCAACACUAUGCCAUCACUAACUGCAGAAGCAGAAAAUAGAAUAGUGUAGCCAGUCUGUCCCAUGGGAUAGUUAGUAACCCUUGGCUUAUAGCCCAUUGCCAGUUCCAGAAGUACAAUGUUUAAGGGUAUUUAUUUUAACCUUCAGCAUUCUCCAUAGCAAAUCAUUGUUGGGAUGCAUACUUAAAUUCAUGAGUUGUGCUCUUGACAUGUAAAGGUUUCUGCUGAGUGUACUGCUUAUGAGCAAUGAGUUUUUCAAAUGUAUUUUUAGGAAGAUAAUGCCCCUUCAAAGUUUUUUCAUCCUUUAUUGAUUAUUGAGAUAGGGCCUUUUGAAGUAAUACCAUGAGAAUAAGGUCUAAUUGCCUAAUGUGAUUUUACAUCUCUUUUUGUGCUAUUUUCAACUGAGGUGUUAAGCUAUUGAAAAUGGAGGAUUAACAUCUGUAUCAAAAGAGCAGAGGAAGGUAUUACGAUCAAAUGUAGUAAGCUAAUAAUUUGCCCAGUGUAAUUUCAGAAUAAUGGUUCUUACUGAAAGCAGCAUUACACUGAUAUAACUACAUAAAACCCAUAACUGGACCAAUUUCUCAACAAAAAUUGGUCUCUGCAGCAAUUCUCCAUUUUAAAUCUGAAAAUUUCUCCAACGGUGGUAUAAAGGCAAAAGUUUCCAAACCCCACGCUACUGGCGGUCAAGAUACUGCCAGUGCACUGUCAUCCAUUGAAAACGAUGGGCAGGAAAAUUGAAAGCCAUUCAUCUGUCUGCUGCAUGCCAGAGCCCACCAGUGGCACAGGGUCUUGGAAAACAUCACUCCUAUUUUAAGAUGAUAUGGAAUAAUGAAAACGCCACAUUAUCAAUCAAGGUAUGGAGCAUGGCAUGAAUUCACUCCAGACUCUAUUAUUGCACACCUCAAAAUUUUAUUCCACAUCUAACUCCUAAACAUAUACCAUAAUACUAAAAAUUGCAGAACUCUGCACUGAACAUUGAGAGCACCAAGAAUCAGGUGUGCUAAUCUCUCCACCUAAUUCUCCAGUGUGCAUUCCCACUGAUCAAGAUUACAGCUGAAAGCAGAGCCUCAUAUUUUCCUGUCAUAUAUUCAAUUAAGUCCAAUUCAUUAGUCUUAUCACUUCCAUGUGAUUGCAACAGACAUGAUAUUUAAUUAUUUGCAUUAAUUGAAGGUUGUUAUUAUUGAAUACUAUUAUUGAAGAAGCUGGGUAGUGCCUAUCCAAAAGAUUUCCAGUCUUCCAUACUUUAAAAGCUAAGGGCCCUGAAAUUCCAGAGGGAUUUCUGUUUUUAGCCAUUUAUGGCAUUUCUCAAGGGAGUUCUAUCAGAAAUAUGAUGGGCAACCAAUGGUAGCCACAUGGAAUAUCCAGGCUAAUGUAUUUAGAAAUCAUAAUGGUAAAUGUAUUGUGCCUUUUGAAAUGUGUCAAGGUCUUGCAAAAGAAUUAGUCAGUACUGUUCUCAAAAAUGGGAGGUUCUCAAAGGGCUAAAUAGACAUCUUGAUACACACAUUAUCUACAAAGUUGGUUUAAAAUGUAGUUUAUUUCUUGUGCCUGUUAGAUACCACAUGUAUCUAAAAUGCCUUCCAUUUGAAUUUCUUUUUGCUUUCAGCCAUGUAUUAAAAUCUACAUUUCUGGAUUUGUAAGUUAGAGUGCAUCCCAUGUAAUAGUUAGAAGUGUUCUACAUGCAUCAGUUCAAGAGUUGGAUAUAAACAUAUCAGGUGGAACUA